AUGGCCAAGAGCAAUCUCACCACAGUAACCAAGUUUAUUCUCGUGGGCUUUACUGACCAUCCCAUGUUGGAAAUUCCCCUCUUCCUGACGUUUCUUGGUUUCUAUCUGGUCACCCUUCUGGGAAACGUAGGGAUGAUGAUUCUGAUCCAAUUGGAUGUCCAGCUCCACACCCCAAUGUACUUCCUCCUGAGCCACCUCUCCCUGCUGGAUGCCUGCUACACCUCAGUCAUCACCCCUCAGAUCCUGGCCACGCUGGUCACAAGCAAGAUGGUCAUCUCCUACGGCCAAUGUGCUGUCCAGUUCUUUUUCUUCACCGUCUGUGCAGGUACAGAGUGUUUCCUACUGGCAGCCAUGGCCUAUGACCGCUAUGUUGCUAUUAGCAACCCACUGCUCUACACUGUGGCCAUGAACCCCAGAAUCUGCUGGAGUUUGGUGGGGGGGGCCUAUGUCUGUGGUGUGUCUGGGGCCAUCCUGCGUACCACGUGCACCUUCACCCUCUCCUUCUGUGACAACAACCAGAUAAACUUCUUCUUCUGUGACCUCCCGCCCUUGCUAAAGCUUGCCUGUAGUGAUACCACAAACCCUGAGAUGGUCAUUGUCUUCUUCGGCAACUUUGUGAUUUUGGCCAAUGCCUUGGUCAUCCUGAUUUCCUACCUGCUCAUCAUCAAGGCCAUUUUGAGAGUGAAGUCUUCAGGUGGCAGGGCCAAGACUUUCUCCACGUGUGCCUCCCACCUCGCUGCUGUGGCCCUUUUCUUUGGGACGCUCAUCUUCAUGUAUCUGCGGAGUGGCUCGGGCAAAUCCCUGGAGGAAGACAAGGUUGUGUCUGUCUUCUACACAGUGGUCAUCCCCAUGCUGAACCCUCUGAUUUAUAGCCUGAGAAACAAGGACGUGAAAACAGCCUUCAGAAAGGUCACUGGUAGAUUCCAGGUGGCCCAGAGCAUGUAG